AAGAUAUAUCUAGGGUUUCUGAUUGGAUUUGGAUUUGCAGGCAAGAAGAGAAAAAAUCAGUAAGAAGAUGAAAUAUCUGCAAGAUAUUGUGCCUGGAUGCAACAAGGUCACUGGAAAAGCUGGUAUGCUUGAUGAGAUCAUCAAUUAUGUUCAAUGUCUUCAAAGACAAGUCGAGUUCUUGUCGAUGAAACUCGCUGUCUUGAACCCAGAUCUCGAGCUUGCCGUGGAAGACGUAUCUGUUAAGCAGGCUUACUUUACAAAUGUUGUUGGUUCAUCAAAGCACUCCAUAAUGGUUGAUGUGCCAUUGUUUCCGUUAGACCAUCAAGGCUCUCUAGAUUUAUCUGCAAUAAACCCGAACCAAACGACAUCUAUUGAAGCUCCAUCUGCAAGCUGGGAAUCUCAGUCACAGAGUCUCUACAACACAUCUAGCCUUGGGUUUCAGUAUUAGGAAAUAUUCUUGGGGGAAAAAAGAAAAGUCCAGCUUUCACAUUAUCUUGUUUUCUGAUAUUUAAACCAGAAGAACUGGAGAUAGCAAUCCAAUGGUCUUGUUACCAUCAAUCUUUGUGUAUAACUAUAUAAUAUAUAGAGAGAUAGAUAAAUAUGUUUUUAUAGGACUUAUAGAUAUGUCAUAUGUGUAGAAGAAAGAGAAAAAACACUCUUCUGGUGAGUACAUUUCUUGUUUUUGUUUUUGGAUAUAUAAAAAUAUCUAAGAAAAUUAUAAAUCAUUUUAUUGUUUCUAUUUUUUUUUCUGCAACUUGUAAAGGUUCCGAUCUUUCUAAGAUUCCAUUGUCAACGACAUGUAUCCAUCAUUAUGUUCGCACUUGAAGGGUAUGGGUAUAGAGAGUUACUAGGUCUAGGCUUUGGAUCGCCAAAUUCAUCAAUGUCGA